AUGUCGUCUUCAUACCACGUUCUAUGUUCAGCUUUACUCUUCGCUUUAUUUAUCUCCUAUAAUCCAAUUCUAUGCAAUAGAUACAAAUAUACUUUAGAUGAACUUAUCAACGGUCAUUUAUUUUACCUCGAACCAGCAAAAACUGCCUUUAAUCUUGAUAUUAAACCUAUAAGCUAUCCUGACAAAUGUGAAUUAGUACAAUUACAUUUGAAUGCCAGACAUGGAUCGAGGCAUCCGGAUCCAUUCGACAUCGUUGCUUACGAUGCAUUGGAAAAAAUUUUUGCCAAUGUUCAUAUUGCAAAAGAAUGGUAUAAAAACCCCUUCCCAGCGAGGAACGUUCUUCAGUUGAUCAAACGAGGAGAACUCGAACCUUAUUACUAUGGGAUACAAAGUCGUAAAAGAUACGCAAAAUUUUGGAAAGGAGUCGAAUAUGAUCCCGAACUUAUUAAAUUUCAAAGUUCUGACACUUCAAGGGCUGGUGCGUCAGCAAUGGCAUUUGCUGAAGGAUUGUUCAAUGGCAAGGGGCCUUUGGACAUUUGUAAAAGUCAGCCUGUGUACAUUUCGUCUUUUCCGCGAGAUCAUGAUUAUGUGUUACAGCUGCAAAUUGCCUGUCCACGUUGGAAUCGAACCGUAUUCAAUAAUCCAUAUCUCCUCGAGCAAAUGAAUAUUUACGGCAACAAGACUUUGGCACCAAUUGCCGAGC